UUAAUACAGAGAUAACUGUACAGCUCAGAUUAUCUUUUAUGUCUCGACUUCUCGAUCUUCGGAAACUUUUGAUUCAAUGACUGAAGGCUUACACACAACCGAUUAGGCCCUAAGAUGAUUGAUGAUUUGUGUUCAGUAAAAAGGUCAAAUGCACAUUUGGGGGCGUGUAUCCAAUCAAGUGACCAGGUGUUAUUUAGGCCUAGUCGUAGAACGGUUUCUCGUUCCCUGCGGUGUGUAUCGAUGUGAUCGACGCGCAGUGAGUUUACAUUUAUAUUUGUUGCGGAUCUGUGGGGCUUCUUUGGCAAAGAUGUCAUCUUCAUCGAGUAUGCCGAGUCAUUGGUCAGAUAAAAUGCUGGAAGUUGUCAGAUGGUGCAACUCUUUUUACUCCAAAGAUUAAUACCGCUGCAGGAUUUUUUUCAAGGGAAAUAAAGUUCUAGAUCCAUUUGUACCUAGAGUGGUCUGGUUCCAGUUUCUAAUGCACCGGACAGAUGCAACAAAAGUGGACAGAUACUUGUCAACUGGACAUGCUGAAAGCUGACAAGCCCCAGUUCUGCUUUGAGGCAGCCGUGGUUGGAAUUGGUAGAAUUGGGGAUAGCAGAUGGAACAAUGACAAUUACGUGUAUCUUACAAUUCCAUACUCUUGGUGGCAGUACUUCUUUUCUUUGGUGUGUCUUUACUUUCCAAUAGGAUCCAGCAGAGAAGUAUGUAAGCCAUUCUUUGUUGCUGAUCGUCAAGUAGGCUACGUCACUCCAAAAGUCCUUCAGUAUCUCCAGGAUCGUCCAGACGUCAUCCACAUAACGCGAGAUGCUGGCACAAAUGAUGUGCAAAGAGUCUCACUGUCAUCUUCACUGACCACUUUUGAGGAACGGACCACCAAGAUGGCAGAGCUUCUUCAGGAAAUGAGAAAGCUGGAUGUGUUUGUUACAUUGAGGGGUUGGAGGAAUGAGAUGUAUGCCGUGUGUGCCUCGUAUCACGAUGAAACACUGAUGAAUAUGGAAAGAGCAGCAACCUGUCUGUUUGGAAUCAAGCAGUAUGGUGUCCAUCUUAACGGUUACUGUCACCAUCCCAGCAAGGGGUUAUGUAUGUGGAUUGGAAGAAGGUCACCCACAAAGUCAACCUUCCCAAACAAAUUGGAUAAUGUGGCUGCUGGUGGUCUACCAUCAGGAAUGUUGAUUAAGGAUUGCUUAGUAAAGGAGUGUGCUGAAGAAGCAUCUAUCCCAGAGAGCAUUGCACAGAAAGCUGAGCCUGCAGGAGCUAUAAGUUAUUUUUAUGAGGAUGAACGAGGGUUGUUUGAUGAAACCCAGUUUGUUUAUGAUCUGGAGUUUCCUGCUGACUUUAUGCCAUGGAUUAACGAUGAGGAAGUGACAGAGUUUUACUUGUGGACAUUGGAAGAGGUCAAAGACAGAAUAGCCAGCCAAGAGUUUAAGCCUAACUGCGCAUUAGUCAUACUAGACUUCCUGAUUCGUAGGGGAUUCCUGACUGCAGAUACAGAUCCUAAUUAUGUCCUGUUUCUGCAAGGUCUGCAUACUGAUGACCCUUCAAGUUUGUUCAGGUGAAGUUGAACCCAAGACUAGUUUAGAGGUGAAGGAAAAUAAGUAGUGGAAAACCUAAGAAAGCAUGGAAGUACUUUGUUUCUAUGAACCCUGCUUUAUACAUGACGCCCUGUACAUAUAACUACUUCUGGAAACAGCUAUAUUUUUACAUUCUCCUUUAAUGUCUGUGAGUUUUAUACAUUUCAAACAGACUACCAUCCCCAGAAUUCAAGCGGGAAAAUUACAAAUUAAAGUCAUUAGAAGUUACUCAAUUUUUGUAAUAUUUACUGUUUUAUAUGGUCAUGACCCCUCGAACUGGUAUCAAUUGAGCAUUGAUAGAAGCUGACACAUGGCACAUUAAAGAGCAAUCACUUGAUUGAAAAGUACUUCUUAUCACAGAAAUCUUUUUGAACAUUUUUUUUGACUACAUCUUUAAUUUUUCAAAUAAUAUUAUCUUCAUUUAUGUGACUGGGAUACCAAAGGGACAAAGCUUAAACUUAUGCAACCUGAAGUCUCAAGUUUUGGAAGAUACUUUUGGAAGGUAUAAAUGUUGAGUCCAUGUUUGAAUUUUUAUAAGACUUAAAAGUUUGGCACUUUCUGGGGACAAAAUCAUUAAAAUUAUGAGAAUAGUGAUUCAUCACAAGAUGUAUUAUGCAUUGUUAAAAUGAGUACAGGAGUAGAGACCCCCAAAAUGGAAAUUAAUUUGUGGAAACUUGAAAAAAUUGGAUGACAUUCUUUAAAUAUGAAACAGAGGUUAAUCAUUAUCAAACCAUUUUUGGAGUAUUUUAAGUACUUUUUGUUUUACUGUUUCAUUUGUUUUUAUCGUUUUACUUUUUUGAUUGAACAGUAAAGCCCAUUCUUUCUGAACUGGGAACUUGAAACAAAUUUUGCUAGAGGAAAUCAGAACACUUAGAGGAGGAAAUAAACCAGUCAGACAACAUAUAAAA